AUGUGCAACUCAGUGGGUUUUCAGUCCGAUUCCGAGUUCGCGCUAUUCGAUUUCGAUUCCUAUUCAGAAUACCACAAUUGGCGUCGCGCAAUGGAAAUUCCUGUCACUGAACAACUGAACCUCCACGGAAGCCCACCGGAAAUCGAAGAGUGGGUAGAACGUUUUGAACUAUGGUGCAGUAUCCUCAAAGGAGGAAUGCAAAAUCAGUCGGUCCCGUUUUUUGACGUUGAGCUAUAUCCCCUGGUGAAGAAUUUAGCGUCCCCGAAUGUUCUUGCUAAAUUGCCGUUCGAGAAGUUAAAAUCCUUAUUGCUGGAUCACAUUCUCCCAGUGGAUUUUCAGGCCACUGAACGGGCCAAAUGA